UAAACUGCCGCUGCGGCGGGGGCGGUGUCUCCCCCCCCUCAGGGCGCCAUGUCGGGCCCAGCAGCCACCCGGCCGUUCCGCGGGAAGUCCUUCUACCUCGACCUGGCCGGCGGGCGGGGAGCGCGGGAGCUGGCGGCCGUCAUCGGGCGGCUCGGCGGGGUGACCGAAAGCUUCCUAAGCAAAGAAGUCAGCUACGUGGUUUCCAGCAACAAAGAAGCUAAACGAGACAGAGCCAGGCCUCGGACUGAGAAACAGAGCAACGUAACUUCAGAAGAUGCAAAAUCCACGAGCCCAGUGCCUUCUACCUCCAAAGGGAACCAUCCCAGACCUCACCAGAAGCCACCAGACACUGCCCUGAUCAGCAGGGGAAAGGAACUGCUGCAGAAGGCCAUGAAGAAUCAGGACACCUGCAGUGGCAGCAGUAUCCUCGCCAACGCUCGCCUGUGGGGAGUCCAGAUCUUGCACGUGGACGAAAUGUUGUUGUACGCUCAGCAGCUGCUGCGUGCCAUCGCGGAAGCAAGGAAACGGUGCCAGAAGACAGAGGCAAAAUGCCCUGCAUCCGGAUCAAGAAUUUGCAAAGCAGGAAAAUUGAAGCCCCCUUUUCUGAAGGUUGAAGACCAGAGCAGGCAAUUCCGACCCUUCCAUCACCAGUUCAAAACCUUUCCCGACCUGAACUUCCUGGCACCCAAAACCUCCAGCCCAUUUGAGCCUCUGAAAAACGUCUCGAAUUUUUGCGGAGUCAGGGGUGCGGAAGGCUGUCCGAUGCGCAGCAAGGGGGAGAAGAGCCCCCGAUCCACACCCAUCACUGUGCCAAAGAAAAAGAGAGGAUUUUGUGAGUGCUGCCAAGAGACCUUUGAAGAGCUGCAGAAGCACCUCCAGAGCCCCCGGCAUAAGCGGUUUGCGCUGGACGACUCGCAGUACGCCCCUGUGGACCGUGUCAUCUCGCAGCUCACCAACAGCUUUGUGGAGCAGUCAGCCACGGUGCCGUGGUCCUGCCUGACAGACGAACGCUUGGUGCCUCAAGCACCAGUCACUGGAGGAAUUGAGAUUCUGACAGCAGAGCUGGGAAAGGAAAGGCAGCAGCCUGAGCACGGUGCUGUGGAACCGUUAAUUGAUACGGAGCGUGAUCAUGGCCUGAAGACCAAGGGAUGCUCCCCUUGCCUGCCCAGGGACAGGGUCAGUAAUCCCAGAGAAGGAGGGGGGUUGUUGGGCGGCCCUGGGGGGCUGCUGGUUGGAGCUGGACUCACUGUAGGGGUCUGUGCUGCGCGUGGCUCCACGGAGGAGUCUGCGGUGGGGAAAACGGAUUUGGGCUCAGCUCCUGACCCAGGCUGGGGGACUCACGCAGCAGCCGCUGAUGUUGGAGAGGUGAUUGCUUGUUCAUCUGAACCUUGUAAACAGCAAACGCUUGGGUCUAUCGACCAUCGUCCGCAAACACUGCCGGCCUCCAGGAAACGCCAGCUCUCCGGACAGAGCACCCAGGCGGGAAAGAAGCCCAGGCUGGAGCUGGGUGGUGGCCUCUCUCCACGCGAGCAGAUGAGCCCCGUGGACGGUGGGGUGGGUGUGCAGGGUGCAGGACAGACGUCCGAGCCAGGCUUCGCCGGUGUGAUGGAAGCUGGCGGCUUGCCCCUAAGCACAGAGCUCUCCAACAGACCUCGCAGCUCCCUUGGUUUGGGCCUGUGCCCACACGGGAACCCUGGGGACCCACCAUCCCAGCCGGGUCCCCUCGAAGCUGUGUCCGUGGGGUUUGAUCCCACAGAGGCUGCUGCAGCCAGCAGGGUCAGCGAGCCUGGCUGGAGCAGAGCGAACGUGAGCUCCCGAGGGAAGCAGUGCCGGGGGGAGAAUGAAAACACACCCAGAAAUGUGGAUAGUCCUCAUCUGGAGAGCACAAUGAGGAAGACCAGCUGUCCUACUGGCCGCUUGCCCUCUCCAAAACCGCCUGUGGCUGAAGCCAGAUGUUGCCGCUCGCUCUGUGUCAGAACAGCAGAAAAAAUAGCACCCGAACUACCUGACCUCCCAGGCCACAGCAGAGAGCGGGCGCCAUGCCCCGGGCUCCUCCAGCCUCUUCCACGUAACGCACAGGCUGGUCACGACUUCAGCAAAAGUUCUUCUGAGUCAGACUGGGAUGACCAGCUCCUCUCCACGCUAACGAGUGUCCAGGACAGCAGGAUUCAGCCUGUGGACAGGGACUUGCUCCAAAGGACACAUGUCAAUGUGAGGGACAGUGGCUAUGAGUCUCAGCUCUGCUCGGUCCUGAAGCAGAAGUCAGAGCUCACCUGGGCAGGCAAGGAGGACAAGAACUGCCGGAACUGCUACACGAAGGCCGAAGGAGCCUCUUCCCCCAUAUUUGAGACCUUUUUUGGCAGCUGGACUAGUUAAAUCCACCUCCUGGCUGUCCUCUGGGCCCUUAGUGGGAGCUGUGAAGUGGCUGGAAGGGGAUUUAACAAGCCUCCCCGCUCCCCGUCAGGACCAGGAGGUGCAGCCGGGCGCCGGAGUGGGGACCCUCAGCUGCACGGUGGUCUCCAGACAACCCGAGCAGGUCUCCUCUUGGGAACUGACGGGUGAUGCGGUGGUUUCACUGUCUUCGGCUCUGACAGGGGUGGGAUCUUCCCUCCUCUCUGCUGGUAACACUUAGGGCUGAUAGCUUCCUCCUUCAACUCCUCACGGGGCUGCCGACAACAUGGUCUGUCUCUGGAAGUAUCUUCAGCGGGAACAUGCUCUUUGUCCUUCCAGACUGAGAGCGUGGCCUGUUCCUCCUCGCACCCUUGGGGGUGCGGGGACGGUGGAGAGGAGGGAGAUGUGUGUUCUUCACACGGUUUGGGGUUUUUGUGGAUGUCUCUGAGUAUUUACAGAUGUUUGUAACUGGUACUAAGCUGGGGGUUUUUAGCAAAUUUUUAAUCUUUGAAAUAAAAUGGAA